CCUGUUCAGUAUUCAAAGACACUGCUCUACAAUCAACAAUAAUAUUGACCUGUCAAAUUUGACUAACAUUAAGCAACAAAAUCAGCAGUAACAUCUCUCUCUACCUGAAUUUCUCGGCUUCUUCCUAUUCAGUUCAAUUCAGGGCCCGUUGCUUUGGUUUGUUGUGAAAUGGACUAAUCUUACCGUGUGAUGGAGUCAUGAGUGAUCAAAAUCCAUUACACUCUCUUUUUGGCUCAGAUAGAAGCAAACAUUGUUUUCAACAACCCCCAAGUAAGAAUAGUUGUACAUGAAGUAGUAGUAGAUGAGCCAAAAAGGCAAAAACAUGUUCACUUAAUCUCUAUUCUAAAUUUGUACUACCUCGGUUCUUCUUUAAGAGCUUGGCAACAACAAAUAUGAAGCUUCAGGAAAAGUGAAGAACUGACCCUAGUUUUUCUCAUGGAGAGUAAUAAUAAUAACUCUAGUUCCUCCAUGAAACUGGGCUCAUUUCUAAUCCCAGAUAUGCAAAAUCAUAGUGAAAGAAGCAUCGGGAGCCAAAAGGGAUGGAAUUCAGAGAGAGUAGUGUUGAAUCAAACAAGCAGAAUCAGAAGGCAUUCUGGUUUGACAUCAUUCAACAGUGGAAGAAGAACAAUGCCUUCUAAAUGGGAUGAUGCUGAGAGAUGGAUUUGUAGCCCAGUUUCAGGCUAUGGCAGCAGCAGCAACAACAACAGAAACUCAUAUUCACGAUCACAACUUCAAAGGCAUCCAAAAUCAAAGAGUGGUCCAAUUAUGCCUCCAGGAACAUCAUCAUCAUCCUACUACUCGAACUAUUCACCUACAAUUCCACUGCGCCAAGGCUUGCUUGUGAGGAACUUGAUGGUUGGUUCAUCUUUCACAACAGGAGUCUUGGCACCAGAUGCUCUCUCUCUUCAUCAUUUUGAUGCGCAUGACAAUGAUUUUGGUCACCGUUUUGAUAUCGGCAAUGUUAUGCAACCAUGUUCUACUGGUGCGGUGCUCAAUGACAACAAUGGUGUUCUGGCUCCCAUGUGGAAUCAAUUGUUAUGUGACCCAUCUUCGCCUAAUUCUCAAGAUGAGAACCCUAAGAAUGAGGAGAACCGCAUAAUGUCACCUUUCUCAAGACGUGAUCACGGUACCCAGAUGAGCCCUCCGGAGAAUGAGGACGAUGCGAAUUCAUCGCCGACAUCAGCCAUGGAUCAGAAAAAUGGACAUUCUGGUAAAUUAGAGGUUAGAGAUGUUGAGGUUGAUAGUGAGGCCACUGUUAUUAGGUGGCCUAAAGGUCAUGCAACAAAGCUCACCUCCUUUCAAGAAAGUAAUAGUGAAAUCCAAACUUCAUGUUCAGAUAUUGCAAAGUCCACCAUGGACAUAACCAAGAUUCAGAAAGAGGAAGCCAAAAUCGUUGCAUGGGAAAGCCAACAGAAGGCAAAGGCUGAAGCAACAAUACGCAAACUCGAGAUGAAACUGGAAAAGAAGAGAUCGUCAUCAAUGGAUAAGAUUCUAAACAAGCUGAGAAGGGCGCAGAUGAAAGCUGAAAAGAUGAGAAGUUCAAUAGCAAUGCCUCAAAAACAAGAACAAGGACAACAGGGCAAGCAGAAUUCCAAGCUUCUCAAGGUUUUUCAUUACCAAAUUAUAUUCAGUUAUGGUCUCCAAGCAGAUGCUUUAGCACUUUUGAUCACUGAUUCACCCCAUAUAUGCAUAUCAAAAAUACUACGUGCACAAAAAAAAUCAAUCACUAAAUUAGCCAUUAUGUAUUCGUGUAUAAAUACAUUAUUUAACUUAUUUUUAACGUCUAUUUUGUAUUACAACACACAUUCUUUAUGGGUGGCUAGAUUUUUUAUAUACACAUCACAUAGCUAUUUUUACUUGCACUCUCUCUUGUCAUUAAGAUUUUGUCUCGUAAUAAACACAAUAGAGAAUACAAAAUUACGCCUUAUAUAUGAAAUGUGAAUACUGCAUUUGGUUGAUGCCAUUUGAUUUGA